CAAAGGACAAGAGAGUGGAGGGUGGAAAGGAUAUGGAGACCAGUCAUGCUGGGGGCUGUCGGGUAAGGGAGUAGCAACAAUGGAAAACAGACAAUGCCGCAGCAAGAAGAAUCGGCCAGACAUCAGGAAGAUACAGCCAGAGGGCCCCUGAGAAGUGCUAUCAAGCCUCUGAAGGGUUACGUGUGGUGAAGCGCUGGUGUACAAGUUCUGUGCCCAACGGAAGCAGGACAAGGUGAAAUGGACCAAGUGUAUGGUGAGGGACUCAGACUAGACAACAGGAAGGACUUGGCUUUGAGAAGCACCGGGGUCAGUUUCCAAAUGAACUGAUCAGGUUUAGGGAAGCAGGGGUGUAUGAUAGAGCACUGAGCCAGCUUCAGGAGGUAAGUGCUCUAUUUCCUGCAUUAACAGGGGAGCUGGACUAGAUGCCCUCCAGGGUCCUGCCCUGCUCUCAAAUUCUUAGAGCUCGCAGCUGUGAGUGGAACUCAGAUCCUGGAGCAGGGGAAGUUAGGGUGGAAUCUGGGCCCUCCCACUGCCCAGAGGCAGGAGAAAAAGAGGAUUGCUCAGUGACCAUAUUGGUCGCUUAACGUCUGCCCCUCAAGAGGGUCCCCUUGUCACUGGACACGCAUCAACCUGAGCAGCUCAGUGUCUGUCAUCGUGGGUGGUCCUGGGAGGACACCAAGAGAAAGAUCAGGAUACAAGCCCUAUGCUGGAGGACUGCUGAGGGAGACCCACACCCAGGGCUCGGAGGUGUGGAGGCACAGAAGCAUGGACACAGACAUUAGAGGUGGCCGCGGCCCCAAGUACUAACUGGCACAGCAGCCUAUACUUUCAGCUGAUGAGGAGCUGGGACCCUCAAACACCAUCUUGUCUGGGUCAGGACAAGUGACUUGAAGUGCAUGCUUUUUCUUGGCAGGACCAGGUCUCUCCAGGGCAAGAUGGCCCAGGAGCUCGGUGAGAAGGAGCUAUUGAGAAUGGAGGUGGAGCAGCUGAAGAAGGAAGUGAAGAACCCAAGAGCUCCGAUUUCUAAGACGGGAAAGGAAAUCAAGGAUUAUGUGGAGGCCCAAGCAGGAAACGACCCUCUUCUCAUAGGCAUCCCUGAGGACAAGAAUCCCUUCAAGGAGAAAGGUGCUUGUAUGAUAAGCUGAUGACACCGGAGUCCCUCACCUUGAAUGUCUGUCCCUCCUCAGCUCCACUCUUCAUCCGGAACCAAGUGUCCUGAGACACCCCAGGGAACCAGUAAAUUUCCACCUUCUCUUAAGUCACAAAUGAGUAAAGGCAUCUGGUUGCAUGAAUUGCGAAUCCAUUCCCCAACCCCACUUUCAACUCUUUUCUCUCCACUAUCUCCUCCACCUGCUGGGUCCCUGCUGACCCCACUUGGAAACGCUUGGAUCUUUCCUAGCUCAGCAGUUGGCCCCAUGCGUGGUGGGUUCUGAAGAGCCUGCAAUUCCCUGAGACCUCAGAGGGCAGGCCUUAGGAGACAUUUAUGCCUCCUUGGAAUCCCUCCCAUCUCUCCCGCUCCACACUCUUCCUAGGAACAAACAUUGCCAUCAGAGUAGUUUGGGGUGGGGGCCAUAGUUGGGAGGCCCUUUUUCCCCAUCUCAUGUCUGAUCUUGUGGUCCUCUUCCUAGUCAUUUAGAUCACCUCAGAUGGCCUGAUAACAAAAAGAGUUUCUAAAGUCAUGAUUUCAUGAUUUAUUUAAUGAUUGUGGGUUUAUUGCGUGUCGGGUACUAGGGAUAGAAGCGUGAACAAGACUAACGUGGCCCCUGUUUUCAUCGAAUUUAGCAGAGAAGACAUGGAACAGAGUUUACAGUUAAAUCAGUAAGUUUACUAUGGGGAGAGGAAAGGGCAGUAUAGGCACACACAGCAGGCAGAUAGACAUUUCAGGGCAAUGAACAAGGUCUACGUGAACUGCUGUAAGCCAGUAGGGGCAAAGGCAGAACAGGAAGUAGUAAAAUAUGAGGCUGGAGAGGCAUAAAAGGUCAAUUGCUAAAGGACCUUGUCCUAGCUCAGGUAAGUUCUUCUUCACCCUCAGGACAAUACAAAGCCUAGGAAGGUAUUUAAGUAAGUAGCCAGGGGCCGGCUUUGAUUAGCAGGAGGGAGGCUUGAUCCAGCUAAGGGCUGGGGGUAUAAUGAAGGAGAGACUGAUUCCUGGGCCUUGUUAGCAGGGCAAUUACUGUCUAAAGGAGUGACAGACAGACAGUCAUGAUACAAUGCAUUCAGGGCAACUUCGUAGAGGUCUGCAUGGGGUAUGAUGGGAACCCAUAGGAGGGCUACUUCAGCCAGCUGAAUGGGUGUGUUGCAUCCUGGGAGGGCUGACAGGAAAGGCCUCUAGAUGGAGGUGAUAUCCUAAGAUGAGUCCUAAAGGGUUACCGUAUUUGCCGGCGUAUAAGACAA